UGACUUCUUAGGAUGUAGAAGAACGCGCCAAACCCUUAUCAGGCAUUCUCGUCAAUGAAUUCAGAAUAUAGGAAUUUAGCAUUACUAGUAUAGUCUAUUGCAACUGAUGACGAUAUACAUUGAAAGCACCUUCAGACGUGUCGUCUGUGGAGAAUUUUCAAAUGCAUGCGUUACAUCCGACAAAAUGUUACUGGACAAUGACACAUUCCUCACAUCUCUUCACAAACUUUUCAAUCAGUCGAAGUCUAGUGGAUCACUGUAUAUUACGAUGAAAAGAUAUGAUGGACGAGUUAAGCCUGUUCCCAAGCGGGUUCAAAAAGUAAAAGAUGUUCAUGUAACCAAUGAAAAUAGCUGUCUUCUUCGAGCUACACUUGGAAACCAAAAAAUCAGUACUGUGGUUCACCAGAAGGACAUGAAUCGAUUCAACCAAGCUUAUUCCAACCUCCUGAAAGCUAAUAUCGAUGGUUUGAAGAAACGUGAUAAACGUGUAAAGUCGACAAAUAUAUCAAGUAAACUCAAUCGACCCAAGACAGAAAAAGGCUAAUGCAAAACAUAAUAUUCGGGAUUUUGACUGAUUUCACUAUACUUAAUGUGUUCAUUUUCAGUUCUCUGUACAUAAUGUUAUAUCCAGCUUCCAGUCAUAUUGGUGACAUGAUAAUAAAAAUGUGUUUGAUUUAUCGUGUAAAUUGAAUUAAAGGUAAUGCUUUGCACAUAUACGGCUUCUGCCAUCUGUUUAGUAGGUUUAUGAAAAAAAACUAGAAACAAUAAUUUAUGAUCAACAUUUUGACCUAUUUUUUGUUGGUGUCUGACGGAAUCUCAGCACGGAUUCAAAAAG